CCAGGAUAUCCGACGUGAUGUUGCUGCUACUGUUGUCGCUGGUGUACCUGCCGGGGGUCGUCACCGUCAACAACGAUGUUUUGAUGGAUGGCGAUGUGGUCCUCGGGGGACUGUUUAGUGUUCAAGACUAUACAGAAGGACGCUGUGAGAGUAUACUUCCAAGCUCCAUAAUGACUCACGAAGCGAUAAGAUGGUUCUUUAAGAAGCUAAAUGAACGGAACUACAUUUCAAAUGUCUCCCUGGGUUUACAUGCAUACAAAACCUGCGGUCAGCCCCCUUUGGCGGUAAAGGCGACCAUUGCCAUGAAGAACACAUGGGACGGUAUAUCGAAAUUCCAAGGAAUUGUUGGACCCGGCUUCAGUGCAGAAACUCAGGACGUAUCUCGUUUGCUGAGUUCGCUUCCAGAGGAGGAUCGUCUGCUGCAGAUCAGCUACUCCGCCACGGCCGCCAUCCUCUCUGACAAGAGUGUCUACAAAAACCUGUACCGGGUCAUAGAAACAGAUGAUGUACAAGUGGAGAUUAUGGUUCAGCUGAUGAAGUCCCUCCAGUGGAACUACAUCGCUAUUGUGUAUGGUGAUGACACCUACGGCAGGAAGGAGCCAAACCCUGAAAUCCAUGGCAGAGAGUCACGGCAUAUGCAUACCCGUGUUCGUACCAAUAUCUCCGGGAUCCGUGAGCGACGAACUACGACAACGCUUUGA